GAUGGAACGCUACUAUUAUUAAAGGCAAAAUAGUUUUAAUAUCUGUAAAAUUUAACAAAUUGAGAUAAUGGGACAUCAAAACAACUUAUCAAUUAACAAAAGUACAUCAAAAGUAGUUCAUUAUCAAAUAAUAAAUUGUUUUUUAAAUUUGGUUUUGGAAAAAUUAAUUUAAUCAAUUAGCAGAAGUUAUAUUUAUCAUGAGUACAAUCGAGGAGAAAAUAAAAUCAGAGUUAGAUGUUCUCUGGAGCAAUUGUGAAUUAUUAUUAAUUACAGACUAUGAGCUAUUAGAUUCAAACAAAAUUGAAAACAUUUCUAAAAUGGUAAUUCAAAUAUCAACAAUUUUAGUUGAAAAUAGCACUCAUGAAGAAAUGGAAUCAGUUUUGUUAAAUUUUUGCAAACAGAAUGAUAUUUUUAACAAAAUUUAUAGGUGGACUGGUUUGAAUCGUAAAUAUUUAAAACCAAUGGCUUCAUUGCAGUUAUCUUGUUAUAAUACUCUUAUUCAGAAGGCUUCAGGAAAGCUGCUUGCAUGUAAGCAAGUGAUGAUACCAUUACUUUUACUUAUGUUAUCUCUAAAACCAACUGACACCCGUAGGACUCCACACGAAGUAGAGUUUUUAUAUGUAAAUAUUUUAUACAAUAUAUCUCAGCGAAUUUCAAAUACAUAUUUAUUAGACUUAUUAUCCCAUGAUUUAUAUACUCCAAAUGAAGAUUUUAAAAUUCCUCGUUUCACAUUUUUUGAAUUACUUCUAUUUUACACACAUAAGCCUGGUGAAAUUGGAGAUUUAGCACGUUUAGCUAUUCUUACAUGUCUUAAAUUUUCUAUUAGAAAUGAUCCUCUCAAUGAAUUUAUUUGCCAUCAAACAGUUGCAUGUGCUAUAAUUGCUGGUGGUCUUAGUGCACGUUACUCAUCUCUUCCUACAACAUUAGUCAUGAAUUCUGAAGGUUGGCAUACUAUUACAAAAACCGACUUAGAGAAUUUGCCUGUGUUGCGAGCAUUCUUAAAUUGUCUUUCUUUUUGCUGCAAUGUUAUGGAUUGUGGAAAUCAUCUAGUAAAUUCAAGACUGACAUCUUUAAUACAUGAUGGAUUUUUAAUGUCAGUACUGGCUCCUGCACUUAACCAGUCUCCUAUUGAAGCUCAGAUAGCUGCUCUUGCAUACUUGGAUUUAUCUUUACGUUUUAUUUCAAGUGAAUAUUUAAUGGAAAUAUUUUUAAAAUUUCUACUAACAGAAGCUUAUGAUAACAAAUCAAUUAUUAACUUGCUGAUCAGCUGUAUGACCUCUGAUUCAGAAAAGCUUGCAAUGGUUACCAUACGAUUGUUUCAAACUAUGUUUGAUUUAAAUUGUGAAGAUGUACUAUUUGACUUGAUUCUUAAGUAUUUACUUCCAUGCAAUCAUAUUCUGCCAAACCAAAAACGUAUCAUUAAAGAGAUGGAUUUUUAUUGUAAGAGUGCCAUCAUGUUUUUGUACUUAAUACCAGCCUCAUGCAUUGAAGCAAAAAAAGAAGAUGAAGAAGUCAGCCCUCUGUUACCUCAAAAGAGCUCAUAUAGUUCUACGUUAAUGGAAAAUAAAACUGACAAUAGCUUACAAGCCAAAAAAAAGUUUAGUGUAGAUAGCAACGGUAGUCAAAAUAGUUUUUUAUCAAAAGAUUCCUAUUCUUCCUUAGGCACAUUUGACUUGAUGGAAUAUUUAGCAGACGCUAGAAAAAUAAUAAUGGAAUGUAAGAGAGCUUGUAAGUGCUGGUCUAAUGCUUAUGAUGGAAUGGAUGUUAUAAUUGAUAAUUACAGUGAAAAGUCUUCUUAUACCAGCAACAUGGUACGAACUAAGUCAACUAUUUCAACCAAAACAAAUCGAAGUGCUACAAAUAUUUCUAUAAAUGGAGAAAUGUGUCUUGGAGAUGCUAGAGCAGAAUGUAUUGGUCCCUUUCUAAAUGCUUUAUUUGACAAACUGGAAAAGAUGACGGAAAAUAGUUUUCACUUAAAUCUUUGUUUAACAAGUUUAGUAACACGACUGGCCUGUUAUCCUCAACCAUUGCUUAGAUCCUUUCUACUUAAUUCCAAUCUUGUUAUUCAACCAGGUGUUCGAUCAUUAUCACAAGUGCUUGCUCGUGUUUCAACAACAAGUGAUGCGUUUGUGUCACAAUUUCACGAUUAUCGGCAAUUAAUUAGAAAAGCUCGACAACAUUUAAUGCAACCAGAUCAAUCUAAAUAUUUUACUGAAGAUCCUAGUUUAUUUAAGGACUUAAAUAAUACAGAACUCACAGUUAACUGUACUCUUCAAUCAAACGAAGAUACCCAGGCAAUUUAUGAACAGAAAUCACCUAUUUUGUCAAAUACUUUAAGUGUAGAUGACAUCUUAUGUCGAUCACCGUGGUCAUUGUUUCAUAAGGAACAACAUGAUAAUAAAAAUGAAAAACGCGUAUCUUUAAACACCAGACACAGUAAGCUGCAUCCAGUAAUCCCGAAAUUAGGAUUACGUAGUUCCAAUAAAAAAGAUUUUAAAAAUCAAACCACUGUAGACAAAUUAGAUUCGCAUGUUCAGAAUUUAUUGGUUAUAAAAAAGGCUGUCUAUUGCGUGAUCGUAUUAGAAGAAUUUAUGAAAGAACUUGCCGCAGUGUCCAUAGAGCAGACGUUGUUAUAAUUUUUUUUUUUUUUUUUUGAGUUAUUUUUCAUCAAUCGUUUAUAAUUCUUUCGUUAAAUUUAUUUCUUUGUUUUUGUUUUGAUUGAUUUCAAUGCUUUUUUUUCUUUCUUUUCAUUUACGCUUUUUGUUUUUAAUGGAUAUGUUUCAUAUUUUAAAUCAAAGUUUUUAUAUGUAUUCUUACUGCUAAUAAUUUUAAAUUGUAAAUGGCUCA